AUGAGCAAUAAAAAUAUUUUGUACUGUCCUGACUGGCAAGGCUCAGGCCCCCGGGGGUCGGAGAGUGCCCGAGAUGUGUGCCUAGCUGCCCGGCUGCUGGUAACUGGGCCGCUGUGCGGGGCUGAGGGCCGGCGUCCCUGGCUGCCCUACGCUCACAGCGCCGGUCGGCAGGUGCUGGGCCUGUGCGGCGCUGCGUACCGGCCCACGGAGGAGAUCGACCUGCGCAGCGUGGGCUGGGGCAACAUCUUCCAGCUGCCCUUCAAGCACGUCCGCGACUUCCGCCUGCGCCACCUCGUGCCUUUCUUUAUCUACAGUGGCUUUGAGGUGCUCUUUGCCUGCACUGGUCUUGCCCUGGGCUACGGUGUGUGCUCAGUGGGGCUGGAGCGCCUGGCCCACCUCCUCGUGGCUUACAGCCUGGGCGCCUCUGCCUCCUCAGUCUUGGGCCUGCUGGGGCUGUGGCUGCCGCGCCAGGUGCCCCUGGUGGCUGGGGCCGGACUGCACCUGCUGCUUACUCUCAGCCUCUUCUUCUGGGCCCCCACGCCUCGGGUUCUGCAACACAUCUGGAUUCUCUAUGUAGCAGCUGUUCUUUGGGGUGUGGGCAGCGCCCUCAACAAGACUGGGCUAAGCACACUCCUGGGAAUCCUGUAUGAGGACAAAGAGAGGCAAGACUUCAUCUUCACCAUCUAUCACUGGUGGCAGGCCGUGGCCAUCUUUGCAGUGUACCUGGGCUCCAGCCUGCCCAUGAAGGCCAAGCUGGCCGUGCUGCUGGUGACGCUGGUGGCGGCCUCGAUCUCGUACCUGAGCAUGGAGCAGAAACUGCGACGGGGCGUGUGCCCGCGCCAGCCGCGCAUCCCGCGGCCCCAGCACAGGGUGCGGGGCUACCGCUACUUGGAGGAGGACAACUCGGACGAGAGCGACGCGGAGGGCGCGCGCGGCGGCGGUCCUGGGGACGGCGCGGAGGAGGAGGCGCCGCUCGUGGGGCCCGGGCCUGGCCCCGCGCCCCCUGGGCCCUGCCGCAGGCCCUGCCCCUACGAGCAGGCGCUGGGGGGUGACGGGCCUGAGGAGCAGUGAGGGGCUCAGCCGCCGUCGGGUCGCGGCCGUCCCGCCUCGCCGUCCUGGGGAAGGACCCCCUGACCGCCGCCCGCGUUCGGGACGGCCCUCCGGGAGCCUGGGGGCCGCCCCGCAGCCCCCUCCCGGGUAGGCCUGGGCCUUGAGACCCCUCGGCCUCGCCUCCGGGUUGAGACAGCGCAGCCGCCGCCCGCCGCCCUGGCCGCCCGACACCGCGCCAGCGCGUGUCCCGCCCGAACAGGGCCGGCGCUCCGCCGCCCGGACCCAGCAGGGGGCGCGCUUUGUACUUCCCACCCCGGGGUGCGCCUCGGUCCCGAGGCGCGACUUUUUAUAGAAAAUGAGCAAUAAAAAUAUUUUGUACUGUC